AUGUCUUCAGAUGAAGAAGAACCAACCAGUCCUGUUAUGCCCAAAGACUCAGACAGGGGCAGCUCUGCGUCCUCUGAGCUACAGGAAGAGUAUGAGGAGCUCCUCCGAUAUGCUGUUAUCACUCCCAAGCUUGAGCCACCUAAAGGGGCUCAUCUGAAGGGUACAACGUCCCAAAACAAAGAUGGCACAAAGCUACAGCACCUACCAGAUCCUGCAGAGGAGGCUAAAGAUGGGAGGCAUUCCAGCAAAAGUGUAAGAUCAUCACAGGCCUCCCCCCUGAUUGUUGAGCCCCCCACACAUUCAAGACUUUUCUUGGCUGACAGAACGGAAGGAUUGUCUGGCAAAGCAUCUGUGCUCUCAAACACAGUGAGGUCCAGGUCAAACAGCCCAGACCCCCAGGAGUUUACUGUGACAGAAAUGUUCAUCUCAGAGGAGAACAUUGUCAAGAUGGAGAGUAUUCUGGACACAUGGAGCAACAGCCUGAAGUCAAACGUGCUGACUGAGCUUCGGAAGUGGAAGUUUGCUUUUCUGGAGCAACACAAGCUGGAAAUGAUGAAGGAGAGGGAGAAGCAUGCCGCCCAAACAGCUGUCCUAAAGUCGGAGCUAGAUGCCCUUAAAGAGCUGCUGCAGACCUAUGAGACUUCAAACCAAAGAAAAGAUGAGAUGAUUGCAAACCUGAGCCACGUGUUGGACAGACAAAAAGAAAGCGUCGAAAAGAUGAGGGCUUUUACCCAUUGGAGACUUAAGUACAUUGAAGCCAAGGAGGAGGCUCAGGCUGGGCUGAUGGCACAGCAGCACUACAAUUUGCAGCUGAAGAAGAAGGUGUGGCAUGGCUGGUGCUCUCUAGUUCAGAAACACUGGAAGGUCACGAUGGAGCGAGCUUGCCGAUCAAAGGCUGAGGAGGUCUGCUCCCGCUUAUCUACAGAUUAUGAGGCCAAGCUGGCAGAGCAUUGCAAGGCGUUGGAGAAGGCUCAAGCAGAGAUCCAUAGACUACGGUUAGAACGAGAGCAGUAUGAGGAAUCUAUGAAGAAAGCCUUCAUGAGAGGCGUAUGUGCUCUUAACAUGGAGGCUCUCACCAUGUUCCACUCCUCAGAGGGCCGGCCGCAGCAGCCUCCUGCUCACGAUCAGCACGGUUCUUUGCCACCGCGGGAUGACCCUGCAUCUGCCACACUGGCUCAACUUCAGCCAUAUGCCACCUCCUCCACAAGGUUCAGUCCAAUCCAUUUGGAGCACACAGAACCUUCCCACAGUGAAACGGAUAUGGUGGGGUUGAGAGCCCCGCUAUCCCAAGACGAAGUGCUGCCUCCCACUGCAGUGGUGCACAGCUCACUUCCACUUGGAGGCAUCGCAAGUUCUCACAAACAGGCCAGCGGCCGUGUUGUGACGGCAAGCCAACAAAAACCCUCAAAGACUGUAACGGCUCGCAUCACUGCACGUGCCGAUGUUAAUAAAGCAGCACGCAACAAUCUCCAGGUCAUGGGAAUGGCUCCACCCAUGAGCUCUGUGGUCGUUGAACGUCAUCACCCAGUUACACAGCUCACUAUUGGACAGGCUACAGCUGCCAAGUUUCCUCGAUCCUCACAGCAGAGCCAGGCUUCCCCCGCAGGCCGAGGCUCUUCCCGAACACACACCAGCUCCUGCCAUGUGCACUCCAUCAAAGUCGUCGACUGA